CAGUAUCUCAACUUCGGCCAUCACAGACCCAUACAGUCAACAUCUACCUCUCUAUAACCUUAUCUAAGACCAAAAAUGAACCCCCCAAAACAACCACCCACCCACGCCAUCUCUAUCAACAUCUACGGGCGCGGCGAUGCCACCCUCGGCGACAGCCCUUCCCACAUGGGCAUAGCGGUAUACGAGAUCGGCGCGUCAAGCUGCCAAAUGCACCACAUCCGUAACCCCACCGACGAAUAUUUCAUCUACGAUCCACGUGUCCAACUUUUGCAAGAUGACCCUGUCCUGAGAGGACGUUGUGAGUUGAUCACCUUCCGCCAGGAAGAAAGUGAACAUGUGAACAACUUACUCUCCUCUUUUGGAAAGGACGCAUCAAAUAUUCCCGAAUUUGGUGUGGGUAAUUGUCAGGAUUGGGUAGCUGGUGCGGUGGCGAUGCUUGAGGAUGCUGGUGUGUUAGGGACUGGGGAGGGGGCAUUCUGGAAGAGUAUGAUCAAUGAGGGCGCAGAGAGUAUUAAGCGUGCGUGUGGGGAUUCGGGGAGGAAGUGGAUUGAUGGGCUGGAGGUGGUGUUUGAGGGGGAGCCGGAUGCGAGGUUUAAGGAUGAGGGGGUUAAGAAGGAAGUAGGGAAGUUGAAGGAUAUUGAGGCUUUUCGGGAGAGGAUGCAGGCGUUGAUGGGAAAGAGUGGGGGUAGUGGUAAUGGGGAAGGAGGAAAGGGAGAUGUCGCUGAGAGACCGUUUUAUGUGUCGAGUCCAUUUUUUAGUCAGACGAAUAGACGUGGGUAGACUGAUGUUGUUCGUUAUUGUCAUCGUCGUCCUUACGACUAUCGCUGAUCGAUCGGGAGGUAGGACAUGUCUAUUAUAUCCGAAUCGCUGGUUGAUAAAGCUUUGAUAUUUUUACCUUCUGCUUGGCCUGUGAAAGAGCUCUGGUGUACACCAACUUUGAACUCAAAUCACUGCUUGCAAAUAAUCAUAGCGAUAGUUCA